AAAAGACUUGAAGAGCAAUUGACCCACCAAACCCAGCUAACCACCACGGCACCACCCACUUUACUCUCACCAUCUUCAUCUUCAUCUUCAUCUUCCAUGCUUCUUCUCUACUAAAUCCUUCACCUGGGCCCACAAAACCCCGAUGACUACUCCAGUUUCCGGGCCGCGGUCGUUAAAAAACGCUGUCGACAACGAAAAUUCUGCCAACUCGAGGAAAAAAUGGACGAAUUUGAUGCCAUUUUUUAUAGCUUUAGUUGUGAUUGCAGAAAUCACGUUUUUAGGUCGCCUUGAUAUGGCUAAAAAUGCCGCCUUGGUUAACUCAUGGGCCGACUCCUGGUUGCACCAAUCGUCUCCGGUGGUUCCUUUACUGUCCUCCGGCGAUGACGCGGUAUCCGAUGCGCGGAACGAUGACGGUGAUUGUGAGAGCUGGUUGGUUGAAGAAGAUGUCGUGAUUUAUUCUAGGGAUUUUGAUAAAGAUCCUGUUUUUGUUGCUGGUGGUGAGCAGGAGUGGAAUACUUGCUCGGUGGGGUGCAAGUUUGGACAGGAUCCUGGAAGGAAAUCAGAUGCUGCAUUUGGUUGGCCUCAAGGGCAUGGAACAGCUAGUGUGCUUCGUUCAAUGGAAUCAGCUCAAUAUUAUGCAGAGAACAAUAUCGAAAAUGCACGACGGAAGGGUUAUGACGUCAUUAUGACAACUAGCCUGUCAUCUGAUGUUCCGGUAGGCUAUUUCUCUUGGGCAGAGUAUGACAUAAUGGCACCUGUGCAACCAAAAACUGAGAGUGCUUUGGCUGCAGCUUUCAUCUCUAAUUGUGGUGCUCGCAACUUUCGUCUUCAAGCACUCGAAGGUCUUGAAAAGAGUGGGAUGAAGAUAGAUUCUUAUGGGGGUUGUCACCGUAACCGAGACGGAAGAGUUGACAAGGUUGAAACAUUGAAGCGCUACAGAUUUAGCUUGGCUUUUGAAAACUCAAACGAGGAGGACUAUGUCACUGAGAAAUUCUUCCAGUCUCUAGUUGCUGGAACAAUACCUAUUGUUGUUGGUGCUCCAAAUAUUCAAGACUUUGCUCCUUGCCCUGGAUCAGUGCUGCAUAUUAAAGAGCUGGAGGAUAUUGAUACGGUUGCAAAGACUAUGAAAUAUCUUGCUAAAAAUCCUGAUGCAUAUAACCAGUCAUUGAGGUGGAAAUAUGAUGGCCCACAUGACUCUUUCAAGGCCCUAGUUGAUAUGGCUGCAGUUCACUCAUCAUGCCGCCUUUGCAUUCACUUGGCUACUAGAAUCCGUGAGGAUGAAGAGAAAAGUCCAGGAUUCAAGAAACGCCCCUGCAAGUGUUCCCGAGGCUUGGAAACUACUUAUCAUGUUUAUGUAAGGGAAAGAGGCAGAUUUAAGAUGGAGUCUAUUUUUCUAAGGUCGAGCAAUUUGACAAUGGAGGCAUUGGAAUCUGCAGUGCUAAACAAGUUCAGUCAAUUGAGUCAUGUGCCUAUUUGGAAACCCGAAAGGCCUGAAAGUAUUAGAGGAGGAGACGAGCUUAAAAUUUAUAGAAUAUAUCCUGUUGGCAUGACGCAGAGACGAGCUUUAUAUACCUUUAAAUUUAAAGAAGAGAGCGAUUUUAGAAGUCAUAUAGAAAAUAAUCCAUGCUCUAAGUUUGAGGUCAUAUUUGUUUAAAUUAGAAAUGUAUUUUCCAGUUUGCAAUUUUGUGUAUGAACUUGAACUUCAGAAGAUGCUGCUUCUUCAUUGAUGGCAGUAGCGGAUUCAUGAUUAGGUGCGCAGAUUAGAUGACUUUACAAGUUAAAAACAUCACUGCAAUUUAUUUCAGAGUGCAGUUUUGUGUUAUCGGUUAAUAUGUGCAGUAUUUGGAACUUGAAGGUUACAAGAUCAAGUUUUGCAGCACAUACCAAACAACCAAAACAACAGUCCAGGCCUCCAGGAAAGAUUUGGAUCGCAGCCGAGUCUUGUGUUUUCACUGACUCUAUGUUGGAAUCAAUUUUGGCGAGGUCUUUCUGUAUAGCAGUUUCAAAUCUUUAAUCCAAAUGUUUUAGACAUGGGAAAUACCUUUUCUAGUGUUUUUUUUUUUUUGGUUAUAACUUUUAUGUAAUAUAAGGUUAGAGUCCAUUUCAUAGUUUAUGUCAGUGUUGUGUUUUUCCUAAUGUAAUAAAGGAAGAAAAGAAUAAAGAAAAGUUUCCAUGUUUAUAUUUUCA